AUGGCCCCGGUCCGGAUCCUCCAAGCCAACCUCAACCACUCGGCCAGGGCGCAGGACUUAUUUAUCCACUGCCUGGUCGAGUUAGGUGUGGGGUUGGCGGUCGCCGCGGAGCCAUACCGCGUCGCCGACCGCUCGAACUGGGUGGCCGACGCGUUGGGAUCCGUGGUGAUAGUGGGCAGCGACACCGCGGCCCUCCGCGUGUUCGCCCGCGGCGACGGGUUCGUCGGGGCGGAGUGCGGCGGCCUGGCCCUGAUCGGGGUCUACGCCCCUCCGAGUGCCCCCCUCGCGGCGUUCGAGUGGCUGCUGGACGGGAUCCGGGACGCAUUGUCCCGCUCUCCAGUAGCCCGAACGCUCGUGCUGGGCGACUUCAACGCCAAGUCCACGGCUUGGGGUGGCCCGCCAACGGACGCGAGGGGUCGGGCGGUGCUGGAGUGGGCGGCGAGCGCGGACCUCCGGCUGCUUAACCGGGGGUCCGUGAGCACGUGCGUGCGGUGGCAGGGCGAGUCGAUCGUCGACUUGUCGUGGGCGACGCCUGCCGCCUCGCGUCUCGUGGGGGGGUAG